AUGAUAAGUGGCAUUAUAAUUGUAAAGCGGCUUGAACACCUGUUUAAUUUGAAGUUUGCUGCAAAGGAACUCAACAGGAACUCAAAAAAAUGUGACAAAGAAGAAAAGGCUGAGAAAGCUAAAAUUAAGAAGGCAAUUCAGAAGGGUAACAUGGAAGUUGCACGAAUACAUGCAGAAAACGCUAUCCGCCAGAAGAAUCAAGCCAUCAAUUUCUUGCGCAUGAGUGCCAGGGUAGAUGCUGUAGCAGCUAGAGUUCAGACUGCAGUGACAAUGGGCAAGGUGACGAAGUCGAUGGCAGGGGUAGUUAAGUCUAUGGAUGCCACGCUGAAGAGCAUGAACUUGGAAAAGAUAUCUGCACUAAUGGAUAAAUUUGAGCAUCAGUUUGAAACACUAGAUGUUCAGACACAACAGAUGGAAGACACAAUGAGCAACACUACUACACUAACAACGCCACAGAACCAAGUGGAUAUGCUUCUACAGGAAAUGGCAGAUGAAGCAGGUCUUGAUCUGAACAUGGAACUACCUCAAGGACAGACAGGUUCUGUUGGUACAAGCGUUGCCUCAGCAGAACAGGAUGAGCUGUCACAGAGACUGGCCCGCCUACGUGAUCAAGUUUAAGUUAAACGAAGCUGCAGUUCUUUGUACAGGCUUUCAAAAUACCCUUUCUGUAGCUAACCCUGCACUACACUAGGAAGGUGUAUACGGUAUGGCUUAGGUGUUGGAAUAUUUGUAAUGUAGGGUACUUCACUCCUAGCUUGCUGCUCUUUCUGAAUACGUUAAGUAACUCAAAAAAUAUCAGCUCUCUAAUGUCCUUUUCUGUACAUUUUGAAGUUGAUAUAUUUUUUGCAAGCUUUUUUCACAAAAUCAAGUUGAUAUUCUAAGUCAGCUAGUAGUGUUGGCACAUUCUAGCUAAAAGAAAAGCAGAGUGUCAUUGCUAUAUAUUUUAAAUUAUGAAGUGAUUUUUUUAAAUUAUGGGAACUUUUUAUGGUUGGAGAACUGAUGUUUUCAGUUCAGGUGAUUGUUGUAGAUAAAUUUCUUACACAGCCUAACUCCUGGAACUUGCAAAGGUGGACAGUGUGAACUUAACGGAAAAUAUGCUUCUUAAAACAAAUAAGUGGACUUUAGUCUAGGGUUUUUAGUGUUUUAAAGCAACUAGGUGUUCAGUUAAAAAAUCAGUUACCAGAAGUUGUUUUCAUAAAAUUGGGAACUUGUAUGAUAUCGUCACUUUAGUACAGGAGGAAUAAAAUACAUUUUUCAACU